AUGUCAACCACAUCGCGUGCGACUUUGGUGAAGUACGAGACGCCCGUGCUGCUCUCCGAGGUGAAGCGCAGAAGGGCAAUGAAGGAGAAAAGAAAGGAAACACUUGGGCCGCAGACCAUCCCACAGCCGGAGGAUGUCUUGUACAGCAUCAUCCCCCCACGCGAAUAUGAGGAGGGCGGUGAGCGCUGGGUGCAAUUUGUUUCCAGUACCCCUGCAACACGAUUGGAUGUAAUUAACUUGCAAGAACGUCUGGACGCCCUUCUACAGGAGCGGCAGGCGCGGGAGACGGGUAUUUGCCCAGUGCGCGAGGAACUCUACCGUCAGGUCUUCGAGGAACUCAUUCGCCAAGUAACAGUGAACUGUGCCGAGCGCGGGCUGCUUCUGCUUCGGGUGCGGGAUGAACUUCGCAUGACGCUUGACGCCUACCGCUCCCUGUACGAGAGCAGCGCCGCCUAUGGAAUGCGAAAGGCACUUCAGGCGGAGCAGAGCAAGAUAGAGAUGGAGGCAAAGAUUCGUGCAUUGGAGCGAGAGAAGGAGGAAAUGCGGCAGCAGGUGGAUGAAUUAGAGGCCCGCUGUGAUGCCAUACGAGAGCAGGAGGCGGAGCGUCGCCUGGAGGAGGAAAAGAGGCAUGGCGAAGAAGUGGCCUUCUUCCGCCGCACAUACCAAACACUCACAGCGAACCUGCAGACGGUCUGCAACCCGACAAGGACGUAA